UGAGCCUGCUGAUGCUAUAUGUCUCCUCCGUAUGCCCUGGACGCUCACAUUAUUUUCGUCGGCACUCUGCAAAGCUUCGAAUGUGGACUGGAUGAAGAUGUAGGAUACUUCUCGAAGAUUAUGCUAUACAUAGAUAGUAUAUGUUCUAUAAUGUAGACUAGUCACUGUAUAUUUUUGAAUUAGGCUACAGUUGUCGUGUGUGUCUGGCUGCAUUGGAUUAACUGGACUAGCUAGAAUCAUCCGUCGCGCCCUAGUGCGCUUUGACUGUCUAUCCUAUUGAUAGGGAGUGAGUAUCAAAAUGAGGGAUGCUGAAGGAUUCGGAGGAGUCGUUUUUGGGCAAGAUGCGGACAGAAUGGCUGGGGCAGUGCUUCGUAGGAUGCUGAGGCUUUGCGAUGGUGGAUUCUUGUGGAUGGGAAGUGCUCCCUAAUCUUCCCUGCCCUACUCCUCCCUCUCCUGAAAACUCCAAUCCCUCCAUCUCUCAUUCUCACUUUCUCCAUCACUCCAUCACUCUCUGGUCGCCAUGACGUCCACGCUACAAACGCUGGUGCUCAAGCUGGCCCCGCCUCAGGACCUAAACCCUGAGCGAUUGGACGGCUGUGACGAGACGGCCGGGCGCUACAAAGUGGUUCCCUCCGUCGUGUGCUCCAUGUGUUGCCUCUUCGGCAUCAUCUACUGCUUCUUCGGGUACCGUUGUUUCAAGGCGGUGAUGUUCCUGACGGGCCUGAUGUUUGGCUCCAUCGUCAUCUUCAUGUUGUGUUAUAAGGAGCGCGUCCUGGACACCCAGCUCAGUGUGGAGGCCUCGGUGGGCAUCGGCCUAGGCAUCGGCACCCUCUGCGGCCUGGUCACCAUGCUGGUUCGCUCCGUGGGUCUCUUCAUGGUGGGUCUCCUCCUGGGCCUCUUGGUGGCCGUGGCUACCCUGGUGGGCAUGGAAGAGCUGUCGAACAGCCCCCCGAGGUCGGUCUGGGUCCCCCUGGGGGUGCUGCUCGGCCUGGGCAUGCUGUUCGCCGUUCUCACCCUCCAAUGGCAGCGUUUCUUCACCACCAUGUCCACGGCCGUGUUCGGGGCGGCGGUAAUCACGGUGGCGCUGGACUACUUUGUGGAGCUGUUUGCCCUGGUGCUGUACAUGUAUGAGAGGGUGAAAGCGGCGCCCAGAGGGAGGCCCGUCUGCUGGAUCACCUGGGUGGUGCUGGGGGUGUGGCCUGCCCUGACGCUCCUGGGGGUGUUGAUACAGUGGAAGGUGACGGCAGAGGGAUACUCCCACACCAAGGUGAUAAUCAGUCGCCAGCAGCGGCAGGUCCAGCUGAUGCGUAUCCGUCAAAAGGAGGAGCGGAGGGAUCGCAGCAGGAAGAAGAAGAAGAAUAAGCAACAGAGAGACUCCACCCACAGCUCUCACCCUCCCAAACCCCUGCACCCCGAACCCGCCUAUCGCAGGAAACCCAACCCUAUACGACGCUUUGACGGGGACGUCCUAUCACCUAGUUACAUCCAGAGUUUCCGGGACAGGCAGGUGGAGGCCAGGCCGUAUCCUGGAGGGGGCAGACUGAUGGGGGGAGGAGGGGCUCACACCGAUGUGGACUAUGACUGCGGCUCCACCACGCCCCUCACUGCAGCUGCAGGCCCCUUACUACAAGUCUGAACACUCCCCCAACCACUGGUCCGACCACACCCCCAAUGACCUGUACAGCAGUAUGGAUCUGGCAGCCACAUCACACCCCCAAAAGGUGUGACCACACCCACAACCCACCUGUGCUGCAGUAUGGAUCCAACCACACCCCUAAACGGUGUGACCACACCCCCAAAGGCCUGUAUUGCAGUAUAGGUCUGACUGACCACUCCCCCACCACGAUGCUGGAGCCAAUCAGAGUAUGUGAAUAGUAGAGGCCUGAACUUCUUUUUCUGUUUCACACACACACACACACACACACACACACACACACACACACACACACCAGCCACAUGCAUGAAAAUACUGUACUGUACACACAUCCACAAACACUGCAGUGGAACUGGAUCUGGAGAAAAGAGAGAGAAAUACAGGGCCUCUAACUGGAUGGAUGACCGUUACCUGAGGCUUCUCUCCCUCCAUCCAGCCUCCAGCCAGUCUUCAUCAGGACACAGUUUAAAGAAGCAUGGCUCAGGUUUCAAAUGCGGCAUCGUGUUACCAUGGAGACCGGAAUACAAUCCUCUCUUCAGG